AUGCAGCGAUUCCGGGAAAGCAUUCACAUACGUACAAUGAAGGCAAAGAGGAAAGUGGAGGAGAUCUCCAAAGAGGAUGUCCAGGCUUUCCUCAAGAAGAAUGCCUUUGUGCUCUUUACAGUUGGGGCAGUUAUUGUAGGUAUUGGUCUGGGAUUUGCGCUCCGCCCGUAUAAGAUGACCUAUCGAGAAGUGAAGUACUUCUCUUUCCCUGGAGAGCUGUUAAUGAGAAUGCUUCAGAUGCUUGUUCUCCCCUUACUGGUCUCCAGUCUAAUAACAGGAAUGGCAGCUUUGGACAGCAAAGCCUCAGGAAAGAUGGGCAUGAGAGCCGUGAUUUACUACAUGACCACAACCUUUAUCGCAGUCUUCAUUGGUAUCUUAAUCGUCCUCAUCAUCCACCCAGGAAAAGGAUCAAAAGUAGAGUUUGGAAAGCAGCAGAAAAUAGAGCAAAUCAGUCCUGCUGAUGCCUUCUUAGAUCUGAUCAGAAAUAUGUUUCCGCCAAACUUGGUCCAAGCCUGCACACAGCAGUUCAAAACCAAAUAUGGAAAGCGAGUAGUCCAUGUGACUGUGACAGUGAAUGACUCCCUCUUCAACUCGACCAAUGGCACCCUGGAGGUCAUGGAGAUCACCCGGGAGGAAGUGAUCCCAGUGCCAGGUCAGGUGAACGGGGUCAAUGCCCUAGGGCUGGUGGUCUUCUCCAUGUGCUUUGGUCUAAUAAUUGGCAACAUGAAGGAGCAGGGCCAGCUCCUGAGGGAUUUCUUCGACGGCCUCAACGAAGCCAUCAUGCGUCUAGUUGCCAUCAUCAUGUGGUAUGCUCCUAUUGGUAUUCUGUUCCUGAUUGCAGGAAAAAUUGUGGAGAUGGAUGAUCUGACAGAGAUGGGCGGCCAGUUGGGCAUGUAUACCAUCACAGUAAUCAUUGGCUUACUGAUCCAUGGAGUUAUUAUUCUUCCCACCCUUUAUUUUGCCAUCACGCGACAAAACCCCUUUGUCUUCAUUGCUGGGAUCCUGCAAGCUCUGAUAACAGCCCUGGGGACCUCCUCCAGCUCAGCCACCCUGCCUGUCACCUUUAAAUGUCUGGAGGAGAACAACAAAAUUGAUAAGAGAAUCACACGUUUCGUGCUGCCUGUGGGUGCCACCAUCAACAUGGACGGAACAGCUCUGUAUGAGGCACUGGCAGCCAUCUUCAUUGCCCAGGUCAACAAUAUGGAGAUGAACUUUGGUCAGAUCAUCACCAUCAGGGACCGUCUGCGUACCACAACCAAUGUUUUGGGGGAUUCGAUCGGAGCCGGAAUUGUGGAGUUCCUCUCUCGUCAUGAGCUCCGCAGCAAAGACGUGGAGAUGGGGAACUCAGUGCUGGAGGAGAGGGAGAGGAAGAAACCCUACAAGCUCAUCUCCCAGGAUAGUGAUUUUGAAAAUGACAAACGUGCUCACAGUGAAUCAAACAUGUAGUUUUAACCCACAACAUGUGUUAACACACACAAACACGUAGAGACGUA